GGGCGCGGAGGGCGGCGCGUCCCGGCCGGUCCCCCCCCACACCGCCGCCUCCUCCUCCACCUGCUGCCGCUGCGCCAGUCGCCGGCUGGGGGGAGCCGCCCGCCCGCUCGUCCCCGCGGGGUCCCUUUGUGCUGCUGCUGCUCCAGAGCUGCCUCAGCCAGGCGGCGGCUGCGUCACGGCCCCGGCGCUGCGGCCGCCCAGAGCCACCCGCGGAGGGAGAGCCGCCGCCUCGCCCCCCGCUCCGCCAUCGCUGCGCGGGCCGCGGCGAACGACGCCCCCCGAGGAAGGGCCGGGAGCCGCGGCGAAAAUCCCUCUAUCCUGGAAGAAUGGUGAAACUGGGGAAUAAUUUCAGCGAGAAGAGCACAAAGCAGCCCCUUUUGGAGGAUGGAUUUGACACCAUCCCUCUGAUCACACCCCUGGAUGUCAAUCAGCUCCAGUUCCCACCUCCUGAUAAGGUUGUGGUCAAAACAAAAACAGAAUAUGAACCUGAUCGCAAGAAGGGAAAGUUCCGUACUCCUAAAAUAGCUGAAUUCACAAUCAGCAUCACUGAAGGGGUUUCGGAAAGAUUUAAGGUAACUGUGCUGGUCCUUUUUGCCCUUGCGUUCUUAACGUGUGUUGUAUUUCUGGUAGUCUACAAGGUUUACAAGUAUGAUCACACCUGUCCGGAAGGAUUUGUUUUCAAGAAUAAUCAGUGCAUUCCAGCUGGGUUGGAAAACUACUACUCUGAACAAGAUUCCAGCGCUCGAGGGAAAUUUUACACAGUCAUAAACCACUACAACCUGGCCAAACAAACCAUCACGCGCUCCGUGUCCCCGUGGAUGACAGUACUGUCAGAAGAGAAACUGUCUGAACAGGAGACUGAAGCUGCUGAGAAAUCAGCUUAGUGUGAUAAGCGAAUUAUUAAAAAUAUGUAAUUUGAAGGUAACUAAGGGACUUCAAGGAACUUUUCAUUGAAUAUAAUUAUGGAUAAUUUAGAGGUUACUCAUGUUUAUGGUGCAAUUGCUUCUGUUUGCUGAUACUGCUUUGCAAAAAAAAAAAAAAAAAAAAACCAAAACAAAAACUUGCUGCAGAACAUUCAUGGGCAUAACCCCAGGUGCAUAUCAGCAUUGCUGUAGAGCUUUGACACCAUUUUCAAUGUUAAAAAAAAAAAAAAGUCCAAUGUUAGAUAUGUUCUUGCAGUUUAUUGGAUACUGAUAGCUUUCAUCACUGGAUUUCCAGGGCUUGGACCUUAGAUAAACGAUGUGUUCUGUUGUCUGAACAGAUACUUAAUUUAUUACAUUUUUUAAUUCUUUGUCAUUUUGCAAACUGAAACACCCCAGCCAUAACUAGAGUGAUCUCUCAUUUAGCUGAAAGCUGUAAGUAAUAUUUAGUUUGGGCUCAAGCAAGAACGAUAGUCAGCACUGAUGUCGGGGACGUAAUGUAAUGACUUGUAUGGAAAAAGAAACUGUCAGGUCGCAUUUUUCCUUACGUUUCCUUUACUGUUGUUUAUUUGUAAGUGAUAAUGAAGUUCUCUGCAACAAGGCAUGCUCAAUGUUUUCUUAUUGCUGUCAACAGGAUUUAACUGCAUUUCCACUGUGGCUUUAGCAUCUUGGUAAGGAUGUGCACUGAAACACAAACUAGAUAGACAUUAUGGAAAAACACAGACAGUUUUAGUGGUGGGUGUUGAGGAUAGUGUAAAAACUAUACAGUUCAGGAUGUUCUAAUGAGAAGUGACAUCUUUUGAUGAUCUUUUGAUCGUACUUUAAGAGUACAUGUAGUCUACUAUGUCAUUUGUUGGAUACAACUGAGGGAGUAAUAUGUCUAAAUUUUCUCUUGUAUUACAUUCACAUUUUUUCCCUUUUUAUUAAUUAGAAAGAGCUUUCUGUUUAUGUAUGGUUUGCAGUUUGAUACUUUUUAAAACACAGAGCAUCACAAAUGAAACUAGCAUAUUAGAUACCACAACUGGCUGUUUUAAAGCUACAUGUGAAACCGAGUGAAGAGUAGAACUGUUUGUGUAUGGCUUGGGAGGGGAAAAGACGUAGAAGAACAUAGUAUUGUGGAUGCACGUUAAAGUUCCAUUGUAAUUACAAACUUACCUAUUCUUUGUGUGAAA